AUGGCCAGAAACAGCUCACCUGAUUACAAAGCACUCUUUCUGCAGGAAAGGGAGGCGCGUAAACGGGCAGAGGACCAAGUUAAACGGACCACCUUCGUGGAACUUUUGCGCCAUUGCCACGAGUUAUUAUCGCGACCGCUACAAGUUGGCUCACUCUCUAGCUUGACCACAGGGACAAUACCCCUCCCCAAAGGAAAGUACUGUCCAACGCGACUGGAGCAGUGGGUUGACUGCGCAGCCCAGCAACAAGACAUCUACGACUCUGUCCGUCGUUACCUCCAACCAGAAGAAAAUCCACCGCGCAUUUUUCCAUCUCGUGAACGGCUGGAGGGACACCUCAUAAGCUUCCCGCAGCUGAUUACCAGUGAGACCAACGUUCAACUCUAUGAGCGGAUCGCAGUGGACUCGUAUGUCGGCGCAGUCAUCAUGGAACUAUGCAAAAUACCAGCCGCCCGUAAGGAAUUUGGGCUUGGGGAUGGGGUUUUCUUCGACAGCCACCGCAAUGCUCUGAAUGAGAACCGAACGGUCGAAACGGAUACAAACAAUCAUCGGACACCCCCGGUGGCAGGCCGGACCAUUGAUGGCAGAACCACCACUCUCCUCACCACUGUCGAAUACAAGCCGCCACACAAGCUUACUUUGGAGGAUCUCCGCGCGGGGCUCUGUGAUAUGGAUCUGUGGAAAACGAUGGUUCGGGCGAACAAGGUGCUGAAUAACGAAGCCGAUCAAUACAGGGCACAGCGGCUCGUCUGCUCGGCUAUUGUUCAGGAAUACCAUGUCAUGAUUCGAGAGGGACUUGAGUAUUCCUACUUGACUACAGGCAUCGCGCUUGUGCUUCUCUGGGUUCCACUUGAAAAGCCGAGCACCUUGUACUACCAUCUCUGUGUGCCCAACCAGGAAGUGGAUGGUCGAGAUGGUGAUCUCUCACAACCAAACACAUCCAUUGCAAGGGUACUCUGUCUUUGCCUGAUGAGCUUUCGCUCGAAGCAGCGUGACCAGGAGUGGCGAAAUGUGUAUUGUUCGGAUCUUCACAUUUGGAGGACGAACUUUGAUCACACACAUGCAAAUGCCUCUGAUCGCACACAUGCAAAUGCUCCCACAGAGGAACUACCACAGAAUCCACCCUCUGAUAUCACGGACUAUGUCAGCCCGGAAUCCGCCCCCACAAGUUCAGAGUAUGAAAAAUCAUCCUGUCCAAUCGAGUCGCCAACUGCACCUGCCCGGCGAAUAAAAACAAGAUCACAAGGGAACUGCGCGCGAUUAGAUCCCAAAGACCGCAUGGGUUCACCAGACUCAUCAGGCUCUGAGUCAGAUCCUGCAGCGUCUGCACAAGACCCCGCAGCAGCAGCGCGAAAGCGAGGCUACAGUCAGGUUGAACAUUCGCCUUCACAACGAUCGUCUCGCCAGAAUGAGAACGACCGUCAAAACGACAUAUCUCAACGACGCAACGCGCAGUUCUGUACCCAACGUUGUCUGCUUGGGCUGCAAACCGGCGGACCUCUGGAUGAUUGUUGUCCAAAUGUGGAUUUACACCGGCAAGGCGGUAAUGGGACUCAGCAUUCUAUCAGCGCCGUGGAGUUGAUCUCGCUUCUCAAGCAGCAAAUGGAUGAGGACAUUGACCGGUGCAUUCCAUUUGGGUCCUGUGGGUCAUAUGGCGCCCCGUUCAAGCUCACCUGUUCCCCUCAUGGGUAUACUGUUGUUGGGAAAGGAACGACGAAAAAUCUUUGGACCAAGGCCGUAUCCCACGAGGCUGACAUAUAUCAUAUUCUUCGCAAGGCACAGGGUUCAGCAGUCCCCGUGUUCCUCGGCAAGAUCGAUCUCGUAAAGAUCUAUUUUCGCUAUGGCGUAGAGAUUCGCCACAUGCUCGUCAUGGGUUGGGCAGGCGAGAGUACAGCAAAACUCGAGCAGACUUCGGACCUUCGCAGGGAGACUAAAAGGUCGAAUAAGGAAAUUCGCUCUUUGGGAGUCCGACACCUAGACCUUCGGCCUGACAAUAUCCUAUGGAACGCUGAACUAGGGCGGGCUUUGAUUAUUGACUUCCAUCGGUCUGAGCUGGAUCGUCGGCGAACCGCAGACAGGUCCAGGUCAUCGAAGAGGUCCCGACAUAAGGCAGAGAUAUCCGAGUCCAAGCGAGUACGAGUGACAUAG